AUGUGGAAAGUGGAUGAUACAGUGGUUGCUAUUCCUUAUGGAAGCAGGCAAGUUCGCCUCGUGCUGAAAGGACCUGACCAUUUAUAUUUGGAAACCAAGACCCUCCAAGGUGUGAAGAGUGAAAACAACCUCAGCUCCACAGGCUCCUUCCUUGUGGACAAUUCUAGCAUCGACUUCCAGAAGUUUCCUGACAAGGAGAUAUUAAGAAUAUCUGGGCCUCUUGCUGCAGACUUCACUAUCAAGAUCCAUUAUGCCGGUGCUGCCGACAGUUCAGUUCAGUUUAUCUUCUAUCAACCUAUCAUUCAUAGAUGGAGGGAAACUGAUUUUUUCCCUUGUUCAGCAUCUUGUGGAGGAGGCUAUCAGCUGACAUCUGCUGAAUGUUUUGAUCUGAGAAGCAACCGGAUAGUAGCAGAUCAAUACUGUCACUAUUAUCCUGAAAAUAUCAAGCCAAAGCCAAAACUUCAAGAAUGUAAUCCGGAUCCUUGUCCUGCAAGUGAUGGAUACAAGCAGAUCAUGCCCUAUGACCUCUACCAUCCCCUUCCUCGCUGGGAAAGUACACCCUGGACUGCCUGUUCCUCAUCCUGUGGAGGAGGCAUUCAAAGCCGCAGCAUCUCAUGUGUGGAAGAAGAUAUUCAGGGGCAUAUCAGCCCUGUGGAAGAAUGGAAAUGCAUGUAUACUCCAAAGAUGCCUGUUGUCCAGCCUUGUAAUAUAUUUGACUGCCCAAAGUGGCUUGCUCAGGAGUGGUCUCCGUGCACUGUGACCUGUGGACAAGGACUCAGAUACCGUGUGGUCCUUUGCAUUGAUCACAGGGGGAUGCAUAUAGGAGGCUGUAGUCCUAAAACAAAGCCACACAUAAAAGAAGAAUGUAUCGUACCCACACCUUGCUACAAACCCAAAGAGAAACUUCCUGUGGAAGCAAAGUUGCCAUGGUAUAAGCAGGCUCAAGAGCUGGAGGACAGAGCAGUGGUGUCUGAAGAACCAUCGUUUAUUCCUGAGGCUUGGUCCACUUGUAGUGUCACCUGUGGAGUGGGCAGCCAGGUGCGGCUUGUGAAAUGUCAAGUGCUCCUCUCUUUCUCUCAGUCUGUGGCUGACUUGCCCAUCGAUGAAUGUGAAGGACCCAAACCUGCGUCUCAGCGAGCCUGUUACAGUGGUCCCUGCAGUGGGGACGCAACCGAAGAUACCCCAGAGGAAACUGAGCUGUUGUAUGGCAGCUUGCAGGAGUUUGAUGAGCUCUAUGACUGGGAAUAUGAGGGCUUUACUGAAUGUUCAGAGUCCUGUGGAGGAGGUGUCCAGGAGGCUGUGGUGACCUGCCUGAACAAACAAACCAGGGAGACUGUGGACGAGACAUUGUGUGUAACCAGCCGCCGUCCUCCACAGCUGCUGAAAGUCUGUAGCCUGGACCCUUGCCCCCCAAG